AGUUGGUAACAUUUUUUUACCCAUAUCAAUAUUUGACAUUUGAGGUUAUUAUUAUUGCUCAAACGAAAAUAUUCUUCACAAAAGUAUAAAUAUCAAGAAACUUUCCAAAUGAUUAUAUAUUGGGCAUAAAUUCAAGUGUAUUUUUUUAAUAUUGACAAUGCAUAAACUGAAAACUUCCCAACGAGAGAAAGUGAGGAAAUUCAUGUCAUUCACUCAUGCUGGAGAAUCUACAGCGAUAUAUUGCCUUAGUCAAAAUGAUUGGAAAUUAGAUCUUGCUAGUGAUAACUACUUUCAAAAUCCAGAUGCUUAUUAUAAAGAACCUAGAGUUGUUGAUAAGAAAAAACUUGAAUCUUUAUAUACCAAAUAUAAAGAUCCAAAUGAACCUGAAAAAAUCACAGUUGAUGGUAUAAUGAAAUUUUUAGAAGAUUUGAAUCUUGAUGCUGAUUCAAAACUUGUAUUGAUAAUUGCGUGGAAAUUCAAAGCUGCUACUCAAUGUGAAUUCACAAAAGAAGAGUUCAUGAAUGGAAUGGCUGAACUAGGUUGUGAUACAAUCGAAAAACUAAAAUCAAAAUUCUCUCCUUUGGAAAACGAACUGAAAGAUAAUUAUAAAUUCAAGGACCUAUAUCAUUUUACUUUUAAUUAUGCCAAGAAUCCUAAUCAAAAAGGAUUAGAUCUAGAAAUGGCAAUUGCCUAUUGGAACAUUGUUUUGAAAGGAAAAUUUAAGUUUCUAGAUCUCUGGUGUACAUUUCUGCAGGAAAAUCAUAAGAGAUCUAUUCCGAAAGAUACCUGGAAUCUACUAUUGGAUUUUGCCCAGCAAAUUUCGGACGACAUGUCAAAUUACGAUGAAGAGGGUGCAUGGCCAGUACUAAUAGACGAUUUUGUAGAAUGGGCAACUAGUAAAGAACGGCAACCACAUAGUACUAGUCAGGAUGAAUAACACUCAAUAUUAGAACUACUUUAAGGCCACCCUUAUAUUUUGUUCAAGCAACAGAAGUGCCAAUCUACCAAGAAAUCCAUCAACAACAAAAAACUAUCUGGUCGAAGUCGUGAACAUACGAAUUAAAUAUAAAGGGUGGACCUAAGUAGUUAAGUUUUCCGGUGUGAGUUGUGUAACUACUACAAAUUAUGAUUUGAAGAUACUAUAAAUGUCUAUAUAUAUAAUUUUUUUGAUUGAAUUCAAUUUCUAUCAAGGGUAUAAUUUAUAAAGUACAUGUUUAUUUGAAACUGUUUACAGAUCUCUGAAUAGAAGAAAAGUGGCUCUAUGAUGGAAUUUAUACAAUAGUAAUUCGAUUUUUUAUUGUACAUAGGCAGAUGACAUUUUAGGAAUUCCAGAUGGAACAACCUACAUGAUAUUAAAUAAUUUUAGAUGGUUACGAGGAACUAGGCACAGUUGCUUUCUUUCAUUGAAAUUGAACAAUAAUUGAACUAAAUUUUCCAAUAAAUACUUUAUUUUUUUUAGGUGUUAUUUGAAAGUCUUAAAAUUCAUUAGGUGAUAUUAUUGAAUUGGAAAAUUAAUUUAAUAUUCAUGAGAAAUUGGUUUUAGGGUGGUUCAAAUUGAAUUAUAUUGUUUCUUUGGAAAAUUUAUGAAACUUGUACAUAGAUUUAAGUCCUUCAAUAUUCUUGUGUAAAUAUAAAAAGAAGCUUUUAUUGCAAAUUAAAUUGUUUCCAAUUAUUA